AUUAAAACUGCCACCCAAUUUCUUACGAAAUACGGUGAAUCCAAAUUCCAAAAAGCAGAUUGCAAUCAAAAUUCAAUUGCAUUUCCGUUCAGAAAAUUCCACAACUCACCAAACAGCGGAAUGCGUCUAUCUCGGGAGCAGGGUUUGCUCAGCAUUGCAGCCGCCUUCAUAGUUGUCGCUUGUUCAGAUUUCGUGAAUCAUUUUUUGUCUGCUUGAAUUGGGCCUCAUGGAAAUGGUUUCCUCGUGCAAGAGAUCAAGAACACCGCGUCCAAAGAAGUGUUUUGUGGAUAGGUUGAGCGCCUUGCCUGAUGAUAUUUUGCAUCGUGUAUUUUCGUAUCUUGACUUUCUUGAUGUAGUGAGGACCAGUGUGCUGUCAAAAAGAUGGAGGUUUGUUUGGACUUCGGUGCCAUUCUUGAACUUCAACAUGGAUUGGUUUGUGAAGCACAAUUAUAAUAAGAAGUUUGAACUUAUGGAGCCGCGCUAUAAGUUCUGGGAUUUCAUCAAGUGGGCUUUGCUUCUAAGGGACGGUUCUCAAAUUAUAAGGAUAUGCCUGUAUACUGAUAACACAAUCACAGAGCAGCUUAAUGGACUCCUUCGUGUUGCAGCUAGACAAAAGGUUCAGGAACUUUGCUUUCUUGAUGGGGAUUAUACAGCUGAUGAGCUGGAUUUCCCUCGUGUCCUUUGUGAAACUUUGACACAGCUUACAGUUAAUUUCCGUGACACCAUCCCAUUGCGAGUUACAGCAGUGUUUAGUAGUCUGAGAAGUCUUAACUUGACAAGAGUUCUUAUAUCAAGUGAUGUUGCUCAGAAACUUCUUUCAAGUGAUUGUGUUAAACUCGAGAACGUGUACCUAGAAGAUUGUCAAGUCAGGGAUGUCGAAGAGAUCAGUAUUUUGGCUUGUAAUCUCAAGAAUCUAACAAUUGUGAAUGUAUGCACCUAUGAGAAAUUCUGGGUUGUAGGUUCUUUUGAUUCUAAGCUCAGAAUUUUUGCUCCAAACUUGAUAUCUUUCUGCUACAUUGGACCAAUGCUGCGUGGCUUUGCUUUGCUGAAUACAAUGUCUUUGGAAAGUGCAUCAAUCCGCCUUCUGCGUGUUCCUCGGGGAUAUGAGGAUGAGUACAAGAACCACUUAAUUUGUCCUGCAAGGUUCAUUGGGCUUAAUCAUGCCAAGGCUUUGACUUUGUCUACUCUUGUUGUCAAGUAUUUUUGUCCAGCUUAUGGUGAACUUUUGUGGGACACAUUUAUAUUGGACAAUCUGAAUCAUCUAGAGUUGGAAUUAAGAUACAAUGCCAAUUAUAUAGAAGGCCUGGUCAACUUGCUGAAGUUCUCACCUAACCUUGAAUCUCUUUUUAUCAGAUUUAAAGAGGCUCGACAUAUUCCUCGGUCGCAAAGAAAGAAAAAAAAAGCAAUUGAAAACAGAAGCUCUUGGGAAUCAAGGCUAGAAGAUAUAGCAUGCUUGUCAUAUCAUGUCAAAAUCAUUCGCAUUUCCAACUUAGAUGGUACAGAGAUUGCACUUGAGCUGGUGAAGUUUUUACUUCAGAAUGGCAAAGUCCUGGAGAAGAUGGAACUUAUGCCCAGGAAUGGAGAGAGGAAACAGAAGAGCUUCAGCAAGGUAGUAGCAUUUCCUAAAGCCUCUGCCAGAGUUGUUAUAUCUUUCCCCGAUUAUGCUCAAAGAAAAAUCCCUUGGUUUGAUAAAGGAGACUCUGAUCCAGAAUACGAUGAUUGAGCUGAAAGGAUGCACUUAUCAGAAGUCCAAUGAAUAUGGAGAACUACAGUUUUCAAAGAGUGCAGUGACAAUUAUUCUAUGUUAUUUCAGUUAAAUACUUUGUGGAUCAUUAUUUCUCCCUUUUCUUUAAGAAGCAGCUGUGAAUUGGUUCCUUUUAGAUGGUACAGCUGCAGCAGUUUGAAGAGUUUUAAUGCAGUUGACUUCUUCAAAAUGGUAAAGAUCUCUCUCAAGUAAUAGGCACGGGAGAGCUGCAGUACUUCAUAAAAUCUGAUACAUUUGAGAUAUUGCUCAGGAGGAAAAAGAAUAGCUGGAGAACACAUUGCACAUGAAGUUGCAUUUAGUGUCUAUAAGUAUAUUAAAUGCCCGAGUCAAUCAAGGAGUGAACCAGUUACGAGAUCAAUACCUACCACACUUGCAGUGUUCAUGGGGGACCAUCAGCCAAGUGCCUAUAAUUCUUGGGUUUGAACAGUGUUCAGGAACUUGGGGGGCUGCAUGCUGUGCUGAAAGUCUCCGGAGCUUUUGUGCUUCAGCUAACUGAGGACAAGUUUGUUUUGCUUGCUGUAUUCUCUGGGCCUGAUCAUGUACAGUGAAGGAGUCAGGACUGCUUGUCUACUAUGACUUAGUUGGACUUUACCAUAUAUUAACCAGUGUUGUUGAAGGCUCCCGCUGUAGCGGAGAUGGCAAGAGGCGCAAAGAGUGGCGCUGGCCAUGCUAGAGGCAUAUGCACCUUAACAUUGCUCCAACAUUCUCAGACAGGACUGUCAUUAUUUGUGGAAAAAGAUAUGCUGCUAUUAUGUAAAGAGAUCAGCUUCUCUCGCUUCACUAUCCAGACAAAGAGGAUUUCAGAAUUGACUUUGGACGGUUGUAGCAGGAGAUUCAGAGUAAAGAAGGUAUAUUCAGAGGACCUUGGUGCUUUGUCUGAUCAUGAAAAUGAAGAACUAUUAUGAGGUGGCAUUAUAAUAUAUGUUUUGUUUUCACAACCAGCUGAAGAGACAUUGACCAUCCGAGUAAGUGGUAAGCAGCUAGUGAUGCUAUGUAGUCGUGCUUUCUUGCCAUAUUGCAUUUCUUGUUCUAUCUGGUUCUAUGUGACUUGGAAACUUGAAACUGUGUGAUUUAUAUGGGCUUGCCUUGAUAUUCUGGUUUGGCACGUCGUUUUCAUAUACUCGUUUCUAGAAACUUCAUCAAUAAUGCUUUUUGAUCGUUUUGUAAUGCGUUGUUGGUGUUUGAUUUCUACUAGUUGGUGAGAAUCUUUAUUGUAAUAGUAUAUGGUUUAAUUUGGUUCCAGUAUAUGAUUGUAGGUGGGAUGACCAAAAACAUUGUGAAUGUUUAUUCAUGUUUUUGCAAGAAACAU